GCCAUUUCCGGUGCCUAAGUCGCGCUGCCCUGCGGAAUGGCGGCGAAGCGGCCUCUUCGGGUGUUGUGCUUGGCGGGCUUCCGGCAGAGCGAGCGGGGCUUCCGCGAGAAGACAGGAGCGCUGAGGAAGGCUCUGCGGGGCCGCGCCGAGCUUGUGUGCGUCAGCGGCCCGCACCCGGUCGUGGACAAAGCGGGCACGGAGGGUGUCGGGCCGGAGUCUGGGCUCUUCACUCCAGAGGAGCAGCUUCGAGGCUGGUGGUUUUCAGAACAGGAGGCAGACGUUUUCUCCGCACUGAAAGAGUCCACAGUGUGCAGGGGUCUGGAGGAAGCCCUGGGAACGGUGGCACGGGCACUGAACGAGUCGGGACCUUUCAGUGGACUGCUUGGUUUCAGCCAGGGAGCUGCGCUAGCAGCCCUUGUGUGUGCCCUUGGUCAAGCUGGUGACCCCCGUUUUCCCUUGCCAAGAUUUAUCAUCCUGAUAUCUGGUUUCUGUCCUCGGGGCCUUGGUCUUUGGGAAUCCAUCUUGCAGGGCCCCUUUUCACUACCUUCACUCCAUGUUUUCGGGGACACUGACCGUGUCAUCCCCUCUCAGGAAAGUGUGCAACUGGCUAGCCGAUUCACUGGAGCCAUCACUCUCACCCACUCCGGUGGCCACUUCAUUCCAGCAGCUGCACCGCAGCGUCAGGCCUACCUCAAAUUCUUGGACCAGUUUGUAGAGUAAAAGAUCAACAAUGCCCCCGCUCCUACAUCCCCUUCUCACUCCAGUGAGGACACAUGACUGGGUUAGCCUCUAUGAUCCUCGCCCUCCCCUUUUCCCUACCCUUGGACAUCUUCUGCUAUUAGGGCUCCUCAGCAUCACUAAUUAGACAAAUAACAAUUCUUAAAACCCAAAUUAUAUAAGCCCAGCUCUGCACUCAAGAAAAUGGGAAACAGGAGGCCUUAAUGGAUUUUGAUCUUGGCAUCUACACUCAAACAUGAAAAAGGCCAGUGCAGCCCUGGGUGCGUGGAGGGUGACAUGGGAAAAGCAGGUGCUGGUACCACUGUGACUGCCACACAAUAAAUUAGUGCUUUGGA